AUGUCUGGACGUGGUAAAGGAGGUAAAGCCAAAAGAAAGAGCUCAUCCCGCGCCGGGCUUCAGUUCCCUGUCUGCCGUCUUCUCCGUAAAGGAAACUAUGGUGAGCGUAUUGGUGCCUGGGUCCCUGUCUACCUGGCUGCUGAAGUGUUGGAAUUGGCAGGAAAUGCUGCCAGAGACAACAAGAAAACCCGAAUUAUUCUCCGUCACUUGCUGUUGGCCAUCCGUAACGACGAAGAAUUGAACAAGCUUUUGUCAGGAGUGACCAUCGCCCAGGGUGGUGUUCUUCCCAACAUCCAAGCUGUCCUUCUCCUCAAGAAGACUCAGAAGGCAGCCAAGUAA